CUUCAUCCUUCCUCUCGAUCGCCCGACAUCUUCAGAAGCAAAGAUCUUACUUCCAAGCCCUUAAACGCAGGUUUGUGUAAAACAUGAAUUCUCUAGUUUGGAUUUAAGACAUUCACAGUUAACUAUGUGGUGUGUAGCUUUUGCAAAGAAAGUCAAUUUCGUAUGUGUAAACUAACAUAUUCUUUCCAUACUCAGUGAUCAUGCUGCUUGGUACAAGUUAAACUAUACAGUAUAACUUCCACCCAGCAUGAACAUAAAUCAUCCGUCGGACAAUGCGAGUUUGAUCACUGCGAUGGAAGGGAAAUGUCUUGAAAUGUCUGAUAAUCCAGUUCAAAUAAUCAUUGCAGGUUUCGCUUCGUUUCGCUUCGCUGUAUCCUUGUGGAUACAGGUUUGAUUUUUUUUCUUUCAAAGUUCUUAGUUUUAACCUUUCCUUAAGGAAUUGUAUUUCUAGCAUGAUUCCAAAAGCCUCCAAAAUAACCUGGCAUCACAAAGUCAACAUCUCUUUAUUACCAUGCCGCUAACUACAAAACGGUGCAUGUUAUCUUUCAUCAUUUGGUUACCCUGCGAAAAGUCUGCUUCGAGGUUUCUAGAUAUGUCAGGAAGAGGAAGGAGACUCUGUUGACUACCUCAACAAUUCAUAUUAAGCAUGCUAGAAAGUCAAAUGUGACCAAGCCUCUCAGCCUCGCUUUCAAACUAAUGACCACGCGAGUUAUUAUUCCAAAAAAGUGCAAAUCACUUUUAAAAUUAAAAUCUUUAAUUCUCGCCGAGCAAGUUUAUAAAUUUUGUCCCGCAUGUGGCAAUGCGCACAACAAUCGCUAUAAGCAAGGUGUGAUCUUGCCUUGGUUUUAAAUAUCUCUAUUGGUUUGGGCGAAUGCAGUUACCUAGCAACAAGGCACCCUCCUGGUUGCUUUAGGGGCUGUUUAAUGUCAUUUAUGAGGUCAAGAAAUGCUUUUAGUGAUAAAUUUCGAGGGUAGAAGUACCUUUUACAGAAAAUGACAUUGCCUUCAAAAUAACCACAGAAAUCGAGGAAAGAAAACAUCAGUUUAUGCUUUGCGUCCUAGUUUGAGUUGUAUCAGCUUUGUUGGGCAUAAUAAUAUGUCCUUUCAUUGCCAUGAAAUGAGUUAACAGUGGUUUUUUAAUGUCAAAAGCCCGGUUAUUUUCCUGAAAUAUACCUUUGAAUUCGUGUUUAAUACGGCUCGAUCAGCUUCAAAAGGCGCUUGCUGAUGGAAUUGCCAUGGAAAAGGCCUUAAAUUAAAGACUUUUCACCAGACUUACCUACUCAUUCUUAGUAGUGUAGUGGUAAAGAGAAGUCACGUCAAGCUGAAGAUGCCGGGUUCAAAUCCUUAUUAGCACCCUGUCUUUCUUUCUUUUUGUUUUGUUUGUUUAUUUAUUUUGUGUUUUGUUUUAAUAUAUAUGUUGUGGUUCAAUUUUAUCCUUGGUUUAAAUUUUAUUUUUUUUAUUUUGUUACCCUCCUGAUCGUAUUUUAAAUUAAUGUUAUGAACGAGCAAACACAAAAGAAUAGACAGAGAAAUUAUUUCUUAAAUAUUUUUAUUCAAAAUCCGUCAGAUUCAUAAUAAAACAUUGUUAAAAGCACAUUGCAAAACACUUACUGGAUCGUGGAUCCGUUCACGCAAAUAAAAUCUGCUGAGCACAUGGUUAAAUCCAAAGCAAAAUCCAUCUCAAAUCGGGGUGCAUCUUCUAAUUUUUCUAAAAACAGGACAAGCGCUUUGCCGCGUUUUACUAAACAUUGAAUCAAUAAUUUUCUCAAAAUCCCUGCAUGAAAUCGAAGUGGCAGCCAUCUGUUUUGUUAUUGAGUGUGGGUUAGAGUAUAAAUUGGGUUAUUCCAGAAAAAAUCCACACCCCCACGACGGGAGGCGCGCUGGAAAAUCUCACGGGAGGGGGGGUUAACGGCUCUGGAAAUUCAGACCUGAGGGGGGCUCUGAACCUAAAAAUACAUCCUCAGGGGUACCUUUCAAUUUCAUCGAUGUUUCAAUCACUUCAAUCAAUAAGUUUUCAAAAAUUGCUUUGCCUUUUCAAUUUUAUUAUUCUUUCAAACUACAGACCUCUUACCACAUUUAUUUUAAGUUUCCAUCCAUAGGCUCGCCCUCGUUACUUUCGUAGAAGCGACGUGCGAUAACUUGAAGAUAUCAAGAAAAAUCACAUAAUUCAUAAAAAAGCACUCAGUUCAAGUAAAGCAAACAAUGAUUUUACCUUGAAUUAUACAUUUUUCCAAGGUUAAUGCUAUUUCAGGGUGAUUUACCACUAAACAGGCCUUACAAGUACAUUUUGUAAGCGUGGUUGUUCGUGAUUGUUAGGCGACCAUUUUGAAAGGCAAGUGUUGUGGCAAGUGGUACGGCGCGUCAUGUAAUAUAAAUUUGUGCUAAGUGUCCUUUUUCUUUCUUUCUCGGUCAUUUUUUAUCGGCAAAGAAGGAACCAUUUAUUCGAGAACAAAGUUAGUUUUGAGCUUUAUUGUAGUAUAUAUUGCUGUAUAUUUUGCCUGUUCUAGAAAAAAAGAGAAGUUCACUCAAAUAUGAGCUUAUUUGCAAAAAGUGUAAGCUAUUUAAUAAAAAGAUCAUCUAAGUGCCUAAAAGGAUUCUUCCACAUUGAGUGUAAAGUAAAAUCACGGUGUCUAACAAUUUUAUGGAAAUCCAGAUGGGUGGGGGGGUCUUUGAACUUGGAAAUCCUGAGUGGAGGGGGGCUCAAGCAGUUUUGGAAAUCCAGGUGGAUGGGGGGGUCAAAAAACCUUGCCUUCCAUCGUGGGGGUGUGGAUUUUUUCUGGAAUAACCCAUUAUACACAUGUGAGCGCAGGUAAAACUGAUUUAUCCAGCAUUAAACUUGUCUGACUCAUCUAGAUGGCGGGAUGAUCUGUAAAUCAAAGGACUUUGAAGAUAUCGGCAGAAUCACUUCAUCUUUUCUGGCUUUUCAAGGAAAGAUCAAAGUGACUCUGCUGGUAGGGUAAUCAUUGGUCAGUGGAACAUUAAAAUUGGCAAAGAAUCAAACUGCAAUUUCACGCCAUUUUCUUCAUUUUCAUGUGGUGAUUUACAUUUGUAUGUAAAAAAACCAGCCCUUGAUAAUUGGAAAAUAGUUGCGAGAGCAUUAUUAUUUAAACUUGUGUGAAAAGGUUUCAAAUCCAGAUUGUGAUCAUUUGUGUGAUCAUUACUCGUGAUGUUUUCAAGAUUUUAAAGAGAAAGUCUCUUUUAACCAGAAUGUUGCAAAAUUUUGUUUUAAUAGAACCUUGCAUGAUAAUGUCUCACCUCUCAGAUGACUAUUUUUUAGGUCAACUGAGUGAGAACUUGGACCAUUCUGUAGCUCAGUGAUUCCUAAAGUUUGCAGUGAAUUCAUUUUAUUUUAGAAGGUAAGUCAACCUUACUGGAGUUUUUCAUGAAGGCUAAAAUAAAAGAUGUUCAGGGCCUUGGUCAACAUAUAACAUGUGCUGUUUGUCUAGCUAUCAAUGUAUGUUGUAGCUGUUGUAGACUAUUUUUGGCAUGCAUGCAUGUUAUCGUGAAGUGACAUUGUGAAAAGGUUAGUCUCCUUCGCAGCCGUUUUUAGGGUCGUCACGCAAAGGUAAGCUUAUUAAGUUUACUUGUAACUUUUGAUAAGCUUACUUUUGUGAAAGCAUUCUUUGUUUUAGUAGUAUAAAGUAUCAUGUAUUACUGACACCUAAGUUACAUGUAAGUACGCUUGUACACAGUGAUCUAUUGAUUUCUCAAUUGCCUAAUUCAUAGUAAGUUCAUAUUACAUGUAUAUUAUUGCAUACAUGUAUUUCAAGAAGACUAAGGAACUCUAUGAUCAGUGAUUUAACCCUCCAAAUUGACUUGCUAUUUAAAAUCCGACAACGCUUUGGUUCGAGGAAUGAUGCUCUCUGUAGAUAACGCCAACGGAAGCGCCUGGAAAUGCAACUGAUAUUUCAACUUGGCACCAGUCAGCUGCACAGUUUAGACUCCGACUUCCGUUUCCUCUAGGCGGCGCUCAGAGCUGUGCGUGCACUACAAAGCCUUUCAUUUUUAUUUCUAAUUUAUGGCAUGUAUAAACCUUGCAACGGUUUCGACAAACUGGUAAUUCCAUUGAUGAAGGACCAGGCCCGAAACGUUUGGAAAGGAUAACUUCAACCUAAACACGGCACUUUUCUUCAUGAUUUAUUUAUUAUUUUUAAUGAACAUUUUUGUUACUUCUAUUUUCUAAAGUGCUACGCAGCUUAACGGAAAUUCUUUCGUCAUUUGUUUAAAAUGCUGUUUUUCUGUUUGAAGUUUAGGGCCCAGUUGUUCGAAGGCCAAUUAGCGCUUAACCCGGGGUUAAAUUAACCCUGGUUUCUUUUUCUUGUGUUUAAAAGCAUUUUCUUGGAUAAUUUUCUCUGUUGUUUUUAGAGCUUCCAAUCAUCAACUUGUAGACAGAAAGAAUUAAAACUGAAAUGGUUUUAAAGCUUUAAAGCUUUCGAAUCUGAAUUCAAAUCUCGCACUAACCCUGGGUUAACUUAACCCAGCUUCGAACAACUCGGCCCAGUACAUUAAUUUAAAAUAACCCGCCAUCUCCUCUAUGUCACUGAAAAUAUUCAAACAAAAUUGACUGAAAUUAAAAUACCCGGUAUAUCUAUAUAAGGUAAAAUUACAGCAUUUGAUUAGGGAAGGGAGGUCAGUUUUUGUACAAAUAUCAGGAGGUUUAGAAACCAAGGGUCUGAGCAAUUAUUGUGAUUCUGCUCUUAUAAUGUUACCUAUACAAUAAGAUACAGUGCAUUAACUCUGAUUGGCUAAGAGGCGUGUUUGUAUUAGAGUAUGUGAGGUGGGGGUAAAUGGCAGAAUAAUAUUUUAUUUUACAGAAUGGAAUGUGGUAUGACUUGCAGAAAUAGCAUAAUUAUUCAAAAAUUAUGUAACAUGUAAAGAAUGACUCAAAGUAAUUGGUAUGUAGAUAGACAGUCAAUCAUGACUAUAAAAAAAUUCCCAAAUGGCUAUUAGCUGUCAAUUUAAGUGGUAAUAGAACAGUGUACAGGACCAUACGCAUCAUUCAUAAGUUGGACAGUGUGCGCCAUUACACGCGAGCACUUAAAUGCUCUUUUUCACUUUGAGCAAAAAACUUUCAAAACAAACUCAAUUUUUUUAAUCAAAAAGGGAUUAUAGCAUUUUCAUUUUUUUUGCAAAUAGAUUAGUAAAUACCACGCACUGCUCAGGGUCCGAAAUUAACUUUUUAAUACGAGCGCCAACUGGCGAUCAAGUAUAAAUUUUUGGUCGCCAGAGGGCAAAUUGUGGUCGCCAAAAAUUUCUCCUCCCUUUUUUUCAAAUAAAAGUUUAAACACGAAUAAAAAUGCAUGGUAAGGACGUUUUUGUGCUUAAAAAUUGCAAUACUUCCGCUCCCGAUACCAGAAAGAAACCGUAUGUGUACAAGUGAAGUCUCAUUUUUUCUACAAAUUACUUUUUGGAGAUAUACAUGUAAAGCCAUCUGAUCUAGAACGUAGGAACAGAAAGUUGUCUGCCCAUGACUGCACCGGAUCAUAUCAAAACUAUUUUCUUCCGAUAACUACCACAAAACAAUCCACAAAACAACCAUGAAACGUAGCCGCCAUGUUGCUCGUACCAGGCCACAUUUUUUUGUGCCACAUUACUCGUAAUGGCUUGGAAACGUUCAACUCGUAUUAAUCGUAGCUGUUGGGAAGGUAUUAUUACAGGAAGCUUCGUUUCACUUUUAAUUAAAAAAUAUCAGCAGGACAAAAAGUAAGACACCUGUCAGCAAAUAGCUUCGAAGUUUCAAUUCUUAAUCAGAAUCUCCAAACGUUUAAGUCCACAAUAACAACCAGCUUUACAAGCGGUCAGUGUAAAACGCAGACUGCGGACUGCAGACUGCAGACUGCGGACCAGGGGUAAAAUGCAGACUGAGUGUAAAAUGCAGACUGCAGACUCAGAGUAAAAUGCAGACUGGGGUAAAAUGCAGAAUAAAGACCGUAGACUUUUUUUAAACAUUUGUGCUCCUUCUUCUUCAAAUCGGUGAAAUAGCUAGCCGGUAUCAGUUCCACACUUCGCUUCCUAGUCGAAGUGAAUUGCACAUUCGCCAGAAGUUUCAAUGAACAUCCAAACAGCUUAAGUCUGCGUACCUUGAUUUGCAAUACUUUCNUACUCGUAAUGGCUUGGAAACGUUCAACUCGUAUUAAUCGUAGCUGUUGGGAAGGUAUUAUUACAGGAAGCUUCGUUUCACUUUUAAUUAAAAAAUAUCAGCAGGACAAAAAGUAAGACACCUGUCAGCAAAUAGCUUCGAAGUUUCAAUUCUUAAUCAGAAUCUCCAAACGUUUAAGUCCACAAUAACAACCAGCUUUACAAGCGGUCAGUGUAAAACGCAGACUGCGGACUGCAGACUGCAGACUGCGGACCAGGGGUAAAAUGCAGACUGAGUGUAAAAUGCAGACUGCAGACUCAGAGUAAAAUGCAGACUGGGGUAAAAUGCAGAAUAAAGACCGUAGACUUUUUUUAAACAUUUGUGCUCCUUCUUCUUCAAAUCGGUGAAAUAGCUAGCCGGUAUCAGUUCCACACUUCGCUUCCUAGUCGAAGUGAAUUGCACAUUCGCCAGAAGUUUCAAUGAACAUCCAAACAGCUUAAGUCUGCGUACCUUGAUUUGCAAUACUUUCAUAGAAGGUCAUCCAAAUUUCCUGCAGAACAUCUUUUCUUUGUUGUUGGAAUGGCUUACUCCCGUUUUUAUCGCCAUAAUUCCUGUACAGUAUUUUGGGUCAGCAGCUUUCAUUUAAGCGUAAACAUCAUGGUGUCGUACCAGUUCACGGUCCGUGGUCCCGUUUUUCGAAAACUUCGCAUCAAAAUUUGAAGCGUGAAGUCUUCUCGGAUGGAAAAAAGGUUCAAGAUUGCGAUUAUGUUUUCGGGUCGUAGACGACGUUCCAGAGAAGAAAGGAAUGGAUUUGUGAAAGCAGAUGUCAUCAAGUAAGUGUUCGUAUGUAUUUGGGGGAUUUUUUUGCCCUUUAACCCUUCCACGACUACAGUUUAUGGUCGGUCUGGAUUUUACCCCAGCCUGCGUUUUACUCUUAGUCUGCAGUCUGCAUUUUACACUCAGUCUGCAUUUUACCCCUGGUCCGCAGUCUGCAGUCCGCAGUCUGCGUUUUACACUGACUGCUUUACAAGUCGCUAGCUGGCGACCAGCUAUGAAAUUCUGGUCACCAGGACUAAAUUUUUAGUCGCAUUGGCGACCAGGAAGGCGCAAUUUCCGACCCUGCUGCUUACAAGGGAUCACUUGUGUUAUUUGAGGAUUUAUGCUUAGAAUAUAACCUUACCAUGAGAGUAUUAAAAUUUAACUUUUUACGUGAAAAGGUUUUAAGUGCAUGAUAUCUUUCAUCAGUUUUGUAGACCAGCUUCAAACUACCAAGAUACUGAAGAUGCUACCCUGUGAUAUCACAAGAUAUUAAAUGCACUUGGUAAAUCAUACUUGCUCCUGAAAGUAAGUUACUUAGCUCUUUGUGGCCUCUGUUCUACACCUGUAGGCACUCUUGAGCUAAUUUAAUGUAGUUUCACUAUUGAGAUCAUUACCUAGAUUACUAUUUCCUCUGAUUCUCCAAUACACUGCUGUAGUCAAGGCUGUGCUCUAACAGCGCCUGGUCGCCUGAGGCGACUAACAUUUAGCUUCGGGCGACUAAAAAAAAGUUCCCGGUUGCCCGGCCAGGCACUCUUGUUUCUGGUGCAGUCUUCAGUUAAGCGGGCAGAAAAAUUUAACAUACCAGUGUUGGCUUGUCGAGUCAGAGUUUACUAAACCCUACAGAAAAUGUUUUUAUGAAUGUUGUACGAAAGAAAUGGGCAUGUGUCGAUGUUCAAAGGUCAUUCUGCAUGAUUUCACAUGUAACAUAAUCCAUCAGCUUGAACGUGACAAGCGGCACGGAUUUCAAUUUGUACCGCUUCUUAAAAUAGUUUUAUAAAAAUUUUUCUUUCAGAUAGAAUGGUUCAUUAGGUACAGUUUUUAGGAGAAGCUGUCAAUACUUUUCUGACAGACGUAGAGCGCGGCUGGUGACGCGGAGUAAUUUAUUUUUAUGUAAAUGGAAGUUGCUGUAUUGACCAGUAUGCAAAUGUUAUGUUUUUACGGUUUUUGGCUGCUUUGUCUCCUUGGCUAAUACAUAACUUAUGAUUGUUUAAGAUAACGAUUUAUAAAAAGAAAAGAUAUGAUCAUUCUAAUCGUUUUUAUUGUUGUUUUAGAAACAGGGCAGUUCCACAUUGUCUUGGCAUUUUACGUAUCGAAAACUAAAUUCGCAUGGAUGCAUAUACUAAACAAUUCGGCGACAUUUCUCACGUUUGUGGUUUUAAAUCUGAAUGGCAUGAAAACUUUGAUGGGUUUCAUAAGACAACAUGCGGGUUUUUGUCGAACCCAAAAGCUAAAAUUACCGAGUUUGGUGAUCAGCAGGCCAGUAAGAUUCAUGUGCGUACAAAAUACUUCCUCAUCAGAUGUACAUGGGUGACCAACUUGAGAGGCCUGGGCACCCCAGCUGGAAUGCUUGGGAGCCCGAAGGGCUCCCUGAAAUUUUUAUUCGGGCGACCAACUUUGAGGUCUGGGUACCUUAACUAAAAUGCUUGGGAGCCCGAAGGGCUCUCUGAAAUUUUCCUUAGAGCACAGCCUUGGUAGUCAAGCCUUUGUUAAUAGUGGAUCUCACCCCUAAGUAUACACUUAGGUCUGUAGCCAAUAAUACUAACACUGCAAUUUCAAUAGGGAACCUUUUCACUGGAAAUCUCUCCCUCCUUAAUGAAGCUUUUUUGUGGUCCCUGCACCACUAAGAAACGCUUCAUUUUUAAUUGACCUUUGUGAAGACAUGGUUUUCUCUCCUAAGCCAACACUAACUAUUCGUGGACAGUGGGGGGCAGGUACUCCAGUUCAAGUGACAGGGAUGAUCAAAUGGGGGCAAAAGUCAAAGCCCAAAAAAAUCCUUGGACCAAAAAUAUUUAAUCCCCCAAAAAUCCCAUUCCGAUUUUGCGAGCCAUAAAAAUUUCUAGAGGAACUAAGCGGCCACCAUACGCCAAAACUAUCACAAAUCUUCAGAUUGUUUUGAAUACCCAAAAAAAUCCCUAAUUAAAUCGAGCUACUCCAAAAAAUACUUGCCAAAAUUUUCCUACCCAAACAAAAUCCUGUAAUCAAAAAUUUCAAACCCUACAAAAUCCUUCGAUCAUCGCUGUCACCUGAAAUCCGGAGAGCCCCCCCCCCCACUUCGCGGGGUCAUGGACCCAGGCACCUAUAAACACUUCAUAUUGACCUUUGUGAAGCAGAUACCUCAAUCUCCCAGGUGGACACUUUUUCUUGGUCACAGGAGGAUUGACUCUAUAAAUAAAGUAGCUGUGACAUUAAGUAAUUUAUUGAUUAAUUUUUUUUAUUUGUUAAAAAGUUUUCCAAUGUGGUGAUCUUAUAAAUUAUAUUUACACCGAAUCCACCAGGAAAUUGAGUAAUUUUAAUUUUCAGAGGACAAAAACCUUGUUCCAGAAUAAUUUAAAGAAUAUCACAUUCUCUUUUUACAUUUUUCAAGGGCUGAAGAUGUAAUUAGUCGUCUGUAGUAACACCAAAGAAAAUGCCUGAUGUGAGCCCAAGAAAAUGAAUGUCAAAUUUCACAAAAUUAAUUACAUCUUACACAUGAAAUUUUCAGAAUUUUACCUGUGUUUUCACAAUUCUUGUGAAAUUUGACAUUUAUUUUCUCAGACUCCCGUGAGAAAUUUUCUUUGGUGUUAUUACUGAUGACUAAUUACUUCUUUACCCCUUGGAAAAUGUAAAAGAGAAUGCAAUAUUUCUUAAAUUAUUCUGGUACAAGGUUUUUGUCCACUGAAAAUUGAAAUUACUUAAUUUGCUGGUGGAUUCCACCUUUACCCUGUUAGGGGAAAUCUUUAACCGAGACUCAAUGGCGCAGCAUCAAGACCUCAAAAGAAAAGGAGGUGCUCCUGACCAUCAGGCGGCAAUAGAAAAUACCCAGCCUCCGCCUCUGAGUAUUGAAGUACCUAAAAUGAGAGAUCUUCCAAACAAGUCAAAACCAUGGAGUGAUGUCCAGCUCCCCGUUGACAUUCUCUUGUUGACAGUGGAGGACUGUGAGUUCUUGGCUUGUUAUACAUACUUGACAAAUGCCUUUAAAAGUUAUCAUGUGAACCUUGGACAUGUGUACUUUGGAACGAUGGGUGAAAGUGGAGAGGAAUCAUUGAAAGUUGCUUUGAUGAGAUGUUCUAAAGGUUCUUCUGGUCCAAGUGGUUCUUUAGUUACCGUCAAAAAUGCAGUGGUGCAACUGGGACCCAAAGCUGUGUUUUCUGUUGGCUGCUGCAUUGGUUUAAACCAGAAAGGCACCAACUUAGGAGAUGUGGUUGUAUCGUCUACACUAACAACUGAUGAAUUCACAGCCCCUGUAAGAAGGAAUAUUGCCAACCUGAUCAGAUUUUCAACUGAAGGAUGGAAUCCACCAUUAAAAGAUCCAGCAGCUGGAGAACAAGUACAGGUACACCAUGACAGCAGCAUAUUGAGUGGCAUUAAUGAGCCAGCCAUUCCCAAACAACGCCGUAAGUCAGAGUCUCAUAUGAUUGCUUCUGAAAGCGAAGGAGAAGGUAAGAUUUUGUAUAGAUCACUGAUUUUAUAACAGUUAAUGUUGGGUCUAUAUGCAGUGUCCAGAAAUUGAAUUUUACUAAGUUGCAUGUCCAUGGUACCACAGUUCAUCAUUAUGGCAACAACAUGUUUGAACAUACCGUAUUUACAUAUAGCAGUGUUGUUAUUGUGGCCACGUGUGACCAUGGCGUGUGACAUAAAACAGGCUGUCUUUCAAUAAUUACACAUAAUCUGAAAGAAUGUAACAGAGAACAAUAUAUAUUGGUGUAAUUGGCAAUGGAUAAGAACAGAGCAUUAAUAUAAUAUUAUGAACAACAAGGCUACAGAUUAAAAACAAUUGAUUCCAGUAUAUGAAAGUCUACCCCAUAAAGCUCUAGAUCAUAUUAUUUUCGCACUGCCUACUAUUUCUGCAUGACCAUGGGUUUUUUUUAUUGCAAGUAAAACACACACAGAAAAGAAAAAAAUUACACAGAAUAAAUAAAUGGAAAAAAAAAGAAAAAAACAAAUAGCGAACUUACACGCUUACAUGGCAAUACUUACAAAUAUUAAACUAGAUUACAGCAGUGCUAAUUCCACAUAUUACUGUACUUGGUAUGAUCUGUAACUAAUUUUUACUUUUUUUUUUGCUUUCUUUGUGGUGACCAUGUCUACAAGAUUCGGGGCUGUGCUCUAGCAGAGCCCGGUGGCCCCUCAGGCGCCUAACUUUUGCCCUCGGGCGACUAGCAAAUCUCAGAUUUUUCAUACAAAUCAUGUGCUGGGCACCCUAAAUUUUACAGUUUCAGAGUACUGGGCUCCCUUCAAUUUUCCUUAGGGCACAGCCUUGAAAUUAAGAAAAGUUCAGCUAUUACCAUAGUGAACUUGUAUAAUGUCAAAGCAUUAAUUUCCAUGCUGAGAAACUAAGAAUAUUUGGUUAAAAUUCAGCUUUGUGAAAGUGAAGAAUGAUCAUCGCAGUAAAUUUUCCAAUUUAAGCAAUUGGAAAGAAGAAGCCUGAAAAAAGAAAAAAGAAAAAAAUCAGGGCUUCAACGGGAUUCGAACCCGUGACCUCUGUGUUACCGGUGCGUUGCUCUACCAACUGAGCUAUGAAGCCACACAUUGGGAGCCAGGUGAAUUUAUUGAGUUCAUAUCUCCCGUGAGGAGUGAAAUGAUGUGAAGUAUAUGAAAUAAUUCAUUUUUGAACUGCGGUUGUAGAUGAAAGUGAAGAAUGAUCAUCGCAGUAAAUUUUCCAAUUAAGCAAUUGGAAAGAAGAAGCCUGAAAAAAAUCAGGGCUUCAACGGGAUUCGAACCCGUGACCUCCGCGUUACCGGUGCGUUGCUCUACCAACUGAGCUAUAUGAAGCCACACAUUGGGAGUGAGGUCAAUUUACUGAGUUCAUAUCUCCUGUAAGGAGUGAAAUGAUGUGAAGUAUAUGAAAUAAUUCGUUUUUGAACUGCAGCUUUGUGUUUGUCAGGUUAAACCAUACACCUGAAAAAUCUCAUUUUGUGUGGUCUUUAUUUUUUCUUUCCAUUUAUAGGACUGUUUGCUGCUGCCCAUGAUUUGAACCUUGAAUGGGUGAUUGUUAAAGGGAUAUCUCAUUUUUCUAAUGAUAGUAACACUCCUGAUGAGUCCUGGAAGAAAUUUGCUACCAUCAUGGCAGCUUCUCUUGUGUCUAACAUGUUAAAUGAUCCAGUUGUUUUUAAAGAAUGGCCUCACUAUGAAGGUAUUUCACAUCCUUGUUCUGAUAUAUUAUUAAUAGUGACAAACUUUCUGUUCAGGUAAUUCUAUUUUGAUUUACUAACAUUUAAAAUGGUUCCAGUUUUAGUAAAAAAAGUUAUUUAAUUCCCUUGACUGCCACAAAACUUCUACUGACGUUUUGCGCUAUGAUAAUUUAUAGUAUUGCUGGCUAUAGCUAGUACUUUAAUUGGAAGUACAUGUAAUGAAAUGCACCAUAGAAGAUAUACUGUUAUUUAGUCUUUCAACCCGUGCCUCCAGUUCUCCUCCACACCUUGUGUAAGUUAAUGUUGACUGUGAGUGUAGCAAUGAUGACAGUUGCCUUCCUAACAAUAUCUGAGGAACUUAUAAUUUCCCGAAAAUAAUUUUUCAAGUUUUCUGAAGCUUGUGCCUGAAAAUUUGCUAGAAGGAGAUAAAAAAAACAUGCGCUGUGUUACUGACUCAGACACAAACAUUGAAAUAAAAAUUGUGUUAUAUUUCCACCUUGGAACUCAGAUAAUUUAUUUUGUCAGUCAAUUUAAUUGAGGGUGAGAUAUGUCCCAUAUACAGCUAUUUUGAGAAAGGUUGUCGAUUGAAGUGCAUGCAACAACCCCGAAAGGUAUUGUGGGUGGUUUUGAGUUCACCGUUUUUCAAAGAAAUUUGAAAGAAUGGCAGGAGAGGCCAUGGACAUUAAGUCUGCAGAUGCUAAAGGAAAGGAACAAAAGUAGAUUUGACAGCUACAGUGUCAGGAACAGUGUAUUGAGCAUAUCCGGUAUUACCUUUCCAGAUUGUCGUAUGCACAUUUUUUCUGACAACCUUUCUCAAAAUAGCUGUAUCAGCCCUGACAGUGCCGUUCCACAUUUCUCUUGUGAGCAAAGUUUGAAGUCGACACUCUUUGUGUUCAGGGGGAAAUGAGGAUCGAUAAUUUACAGUAUGUGCCAAAAAAACAUUAGGCUUGUAGCGGCAGAAUUGGAAAAGGAAAAGAUCUUUUCUGUUUAAAGUUUGCCCUGUACAAGUAGUCAGGGAAAUGAAAAAUUGACCAAUCACAGAGUGAAAAAUGACUUAUGAUAAGGAAUUGUCAGGAUUUAGGAUCGGAUCAAGGAUAAAUAUUGACCAAUUUCCUAAAUGGGCACUGAAGGCAAAAGCUUCUAUGAAUUUCCGGAAGCGUGCUCCUCUGAGAAAUUUUCUGGAUUUAAACUCCCCAAAGUCCCCUUUCCUGGGUUUCAGAUUAAUUGAGACAGGAUAUUGGUCAGUUCCAUGCUUCUCGGAUGAGGCAGGAGAGCGUGUCUAAUGCCAGUAAACUGGAAAAAUAAAAUUUGUCUAAACCAUUUUCCAGUUACACAAGGCUGUGCUCUAAGGAAAAUUAAAGGGAGCCCAGUGCUCUGAAACUGUAAAAUCUAGGGUGCCCAGCAUGUGAUUUGUAUGAAAAAUCUGAGAUUUGCUAGUCACCUGAGGGCAAAAGUUAGGCGGCAGGGACCACUGGGCUCUGCUAGAGCACAGCCCUGGUUACAACUUUUAAUUCAAAAGUUUUUUUUAAAAUAGUUAUCAUGAAAAAUCUGACAGAUUUUUGUAAACUGGUGUGGAUCUGUGCCUGAUUCUAUUGUUUAAUGUUAACUGAGGUGUUUAGUUGCUGCUAGUGCACAUACUAGAGGUCAGUGAUGGGUUGCUGAUGGCCAGCACAGUAAAUAUGUAAUGAGAACAUAAAACAGCUAACUUCAAAUAAAAUAUAUCUUACCAAAUAUUUUUUUUCUGACAUUUCACAGACCUGUCAAUGAAGAAGCAGCCUGAAAGUGAGCCCAAGAAAAAGUUACCAGGUACCAUUCUAUGAAAUCAAUAAUACCUGAGAAGUAUAAUGUAACAGACUGAAGUUUGUAACCCAAUUAGACAAUAUUUUGAGGAUUGAAUGCUGAGAUUUCAUGAACUUUGGUCUCUAACUUGGAGACAGGUUGUUAUCGCCAGAUGAGAGGUCAGAACUGCAAUAACUGUGCCUGCUAUAGGUGUGGGUAGCCUGGUACAGUGUAGCUUGCAAUGUGACACUAGCCACUAUUAAAAUGUUGUAUCAUGUCCCAGUGAAAUCUGCUCACUUGCUCCUGUUCCAGAUGGAGAUAAAAAUUAGUUGAAUCUCAGGCAGUUUAAUUUUCAGGGGCACCCAACGACUGUUUUCUGUAAAAUAUAUGUUCGGAGAACCAAAUAUUGCCUAGAAUUUUCUGUUACUUGAGGACAGUGAAAAAUUUCUAGAUGACCAUUUCAUUCAUGUACAAAUUUCGAAGCUCACCUAAUAAAUUGCCUAAGAUUUUCUGAAGUCCCCAGGUUAGGCUAUUUUUCGUAGAAAAAAGGAAGCCUAAAAGUUUCGGAUUCAAAAAUGUGAUGGAAAGAGGAAUCAGAAAAAAACUCUCCUUCGUAAUAUGUUAAAUUACAUCUAAGAUUUUUGGGAAAAAAAUGAAUUUUCAGAGGUGUGCAGUUGUGACGUAAGUCCCGUAACUAGCCGUCUAACCCUAAUCCUACUCACCUGCACCAAACUGCAAAUCAAACCCAACUGUGGAAUCUUAAGAUUGAAUCUUAAGAAGGUAUCACUUAAUAACACAACAGAAUAAUUGAGGAAAAAUAUUCAUGUACCAUCAUUACAGUACAUCUAAGUAAUGAAUUAGUAACAACCUUUAAUGAAUUACUAAUAUUAGUAAAUGCAAAAAUAUUGUAGUUUUAAUGCCUUAUUUAUGUAUACUGUAACAUAACUAGGAGAUGUUUAUCAACUAGUUGUGCUGUUUUCACCAUGCGCAUGUUUAGCCUCUUAGCAGACGUUCUCAGGGCUUUGUAACUCGUGGGGUAGGUACACAUAACAAAACCCUAAGAACAUCUGCUCAGGAGGCUAGUGCAUAUUCUAUAUUUAUACGUUACUCAAGCCAAAAGCAUUUUAUUUAUAUAUUUUUAACUUAAAGAGGUUCUUUUUAUGUAAUUAAAACCUUUUAACAGAUUCUGUAUGCCUUGAGAAGUGCCAGAAACGUCUGAAAAUGGUUUAUAAAGCAAAGAGCAAAGUCAGAAUCAUCCCAUGGGACCCAAGCUCUGCUGUUGAUAUUGAUAAGAUGUACACACAGUUGACUUGGCUUAAGGACCACAGGAAACCCAGUGGUGUGACAAAAAAAAAGCUUGGAAGCUACACAGAGAUUUUCAAUGGUGGAAAGCGACUUUUGGUUUAUGGCAGGCCAGGUAUGCACUCUAUUUUUUUGUAUUUCAAGCACUGCAUGCGGAGGAAUUUAAAAAGUACCAAGCGACGUACUCAUCAAAUGUUUGUACGGGGAGGCUCCACCCCGAGGUCCAAACCAUUACCCUUUCAUGUACCAUUUUUCACGAAAAAGGUACCCUUUUAUACACCUUCUAUUGAAAAAUGGUAGCCCUUUCACAUACCUUGUUUGCGACUUUGCAUCCCUUUUAACUGCUGUAAAUGCACUCACUGUCUUUUAAAUAAGAAUCAGUUACGAAAAUAGAACAUUUUCGCGACUUAAUAAGCCAUAAAAUUUAUCUGUUAGCCUUUUUGGGCCCUUUCACAGACCCAAAUGACAGAUUUCUCUACUCUUUAUCAAUAUACUUUGACUAGUGAAAUGCCUACCCUUUCAUAUACUUGAAGCCUGUGGAAGAUACCCCUUUCGGGCGAGCCUCCCUGUAUAGGCCAUCAUAGGGAGUACCCCCCUCCCCCGGGAUAUUUCAAACGAUUCUUGUCUAACAAUAUCCUAGCCUCAUAAUCCUUCUUCAGUUCAGUGUGUUUUACUGUUGUAACCCAAAUUAUACCCCUCUGUAACAGACCCAGUGGAAUCUAUAUCUUCAGUGGGAUCUCGGAGAAAAAGUCCCUGAGUGCCCCAUGAAAAGUUGGCCUCAAAUUAAAAAUCAGGGGUACCCAACCACUUUUUUCAGUGAAAUAACUAAUCGAAUAAGCAAAUAUUGCCUUGAAAGCUCUUGGAAGGGUAUAAACUUAAGAAUAUUAAAGCACUCCAACGUCCAAGAUAUUUUAAGUUAUCUACUAACUUACUAACUAACUUUCGGGGUCGUGUAUUUUACAUUUUAUAACCCAAGAAGGAUUUUUGUUGCCGUUCAAGACAAAACUGCCUCUAUAUAUUUUUUUAAAAUUAUGAACGUAUGUUAUGGUCCUCGAUCUUUCGACGAGACCCGUCAUGGUAGGUAACAGAGUUUCGGAUGCGACGAAAAAGCCACCUAAAACUUUCGUGACGACCAAAGUUUACCUAAGACACCCGAACAGAGAAAUAGUUUUUAAGACAGAUCUAAAUUAUCAACCAUUCUUCUAAAGCGUGGAGAAAACCAUUUGAUUCACUUCUGAUCCAUUUUGAAACAUUGAGUCGUUGGGUGCCCCCGUUCAAUCCCAUCAGCAGGAAUACCAUUUUCUAGAGUCCAAAAAUAAAUACGUUCUCAGUCUACUCAAUGGUAAACAUACCAUUUUUCUACCGUCUAAAAGUAAACUAAACAAAUUCCAUUUCUUAUACUUGUCAGGUACUGUUUUAUGAUUGUGAUAUUUUAAAAAGCUGGUAUUUGGUCAGCGCUAAUCCUCUUACAAACUGUGUUUUCAAUGAUUUUCAGGCUCGAAGUUCUUGUUUCAGAAGUGAUUGUAUCAAUUAAUACUUUUUUUUUUAUCUUAGAAGUACUUGAAUCAGAAAUUGUUUCUCUUAUUGUUGUUCAUUUGUUGUUAUCCAGGUAUUGGUAAGACUGUUUUUACCAAGAAAGCCGCUUUUGACUGGUCCCAACAGAGAUAUCAAGAAACGAUAGGAGCGUUUGAACUUGUCCUUCUGAUAAGAUUACGUGAUGUCUGUAAUCUUCAUGAUGUUCCAUCCAUUUUUAAGGCUUCUCAGCUGCUCGCCAAUGAUGGCAAAAUUUAUGUUGAUGAUCUGUACGACUACGUUCUAAAUCAUCAAGAAAAGGUCUUGCUUAUCUUGGAUGGCUACGAUGAGUACAGUGCAGGGGAGCAAUCGCCUGUUGAUGAAAUUUGGGAGAGAAAUCAACUGAGUGACUGCUGUGUUAUAGUCACCUCGAGACAAAUGACAACUCACAAGUUGAGAGAGCCCAGUGAUGCCCAAUUUGAGAUUAACGGGUUUGACGAUAAGCGCCAGAAAAAGUUUGCUCGAAGAUUUUUGAAAGAUAAAGAUGAUGUUCAAAAGUUCUGUACCUACUUGAGGAAACAACACCUUAAAGACUUGGCAGAGAUUCCACUUCUUCUGCUUAUUUUGUGUCUGCUCUGGAAAGAAAAAGAUUGCAAAGAACUACCCAAGAAACGCGUAGAAAUCUUCAAUCAGUUCGUUAAGACUUUGUUUCAUCACAUGCAUGGAAAACAGUCUGCUGAAUCGGUGUUUAACAUUGAGGAUUACUCAGAUGAAUUAUGUGCAUUAGGGCGCUUGGCCUUUGAAGCUCUCAUCAACGAUUGCCUGUACUUCCCGAGAAGUGAAUUACCUAACUACGAUCUGAUCGAGAGGUUGAUUGAAGUAGGCCUUUUUCAAGUUUUAAAUAUUUCAAGUUUGAAUCCUGAAAAAGGUGUGUAUUUCAUUCAUAAAUCCCUACAAGAAUACCUUGCGGGAAGUUUCCUGAAAGAGGAGCUGAUAUCAUCUCAAAAGAAUAAAAUUACAAAUUCCCUGUCAAAGUUGGACUCGGUUGAAGAGAUCUUCAAAAUGAAUGAAGUGUUAAAAUUUGCUGGUGAGCUGUCAGAAGAAGCCGCGUGCGAGAUUGUGAUUCAUCUGAUCAAAAUGGCGGCGAACGAAGAAGGACUCACGAAGUACACCUUCGACAGCGAAGCACCGUCAGAGGAGGAUUUUUCAGAAGACCAAAGAAAUUUCCUAACACUCUGUACACAGUUGUUUUUCUACUGUUCAGCUGAGACAAAAAGAAACUUCUUUCCUACAUUUCUUUCCUCUUUCAAAGGAGUUCUUUUAAUUGAAGCAGACCAGCUAAAUGAUCUUGUGAAAGAAAAGUUAGCUAAAACUACCGUAAACGUAAAUUACGUUUUUUUCACUUCUCGCAACUAUACAGAGCAAGACUAUAAAAACUUAAUAAUUUUAUCUGAACAAUUAGAGGCUUUCAUAGUAAGUUGUUCAGGAGAAAAGAAAGCAGCAGAAUUUUUAAGCAACUUUACAUGUCAAGUUGAUGAAUUUUUCCUAAAGAAGGAAGAAAACAACACUCACUUGUAUUUUACAGAAAUUAUUAGUACAUCUAGAUUCCGUGUUCUUGCUCAUGAUAUGAUAAAGGCACCAAUAAGUAAACAAGAGACAACAACAAAGAAGACAAACAUGAAUGGUGAUGAGUCAAGUGGAGAGAGCAGCAGCAGCUGUUGUUCAAAGCGUCAUGGUCUCUCCAGGGUUCGGAUGAUUGAAACUGUUGGUAUGAACAGGUCAGAAGUGGAACUGAUGAGUGAGAUGAUGCCGUUUAUCACCGCUCCGCAGUCGAUAGUGGUUGAGGGUGAAGACGGUGAAGUGUUUGAUCCUGAGGUAACAGAGUCUCUGCUGAGGAGCAUCCCAAUUACCCACAAACUGGAGUACUUAGCACUCUGGCAUAUCAAUGUAACAUCAUCACCUGCUGUGGAGUUCAUCGACAGUUUAUUUGAAAAAGCACCAAACUUGUCGUCGCUCGCCAUGUCAGACAAUCCUCUUCUGGGUGCAGGAGUAGACAGCUUGAUUCAACAUCUCAGCCGCGCUCCUCACCUGAAGAGACUGUGGUCACUGACGCUUGAAGAAGUGAAGAUGACUCCACAGCAGGUGAAAGAUCUGUCAUCAGCCAUCAAGCAGCACGGCAACAUCACUGAACUGCUGUCAUCCUACCACGUAAGUUUUCCAAUUUUA